GUACCAGACACAGGGUUCUCUUGCGCGGCGCAGCAGUUCCCGGGUUACUACGCCGAUACUGAUGCCGCGGCGUCCUGCCAGGUGUUCCAUUUGUGCCAAGCUGAUGGCCGCCAUGACGCCUUCCUGUGUCCCAACGGCACCUUGUUCAGCCAGGGCUCCCUCGUGUGUGACUGGUGGUUCAAAGUGCGCUGUGCUGACUCUGACUCGUACUUACAUCGCAACGCGCAGAUCGGCGCCGCCUCUACCGAGUCUGAGAGAGCACCACCUGACUUUGAGGAGCUAGGGAGCGGCACUGCUUCAACUGCUGGAAAGCUGGCCAGUACAGACAGCUCCACCAAGCCACAACACCCAUUACCUUCCCCCACAGCAACGCACACACGCCUCACCCAUCAUGCCCCUGCCUCCCCUGCCCCCACCCAUCAUCCGGUCCCACCCACGCCCUCCACCCACCACCGGCAGUCAGCUCACCCACCCCUGGCAUCGGCCUCGCCCUUCCACACCCACAGCAACCCCGCAGGGCAACAUUCACAUACUCACAGCCAUUCAGACCAGCCCAGUCCACAGUCUACAGUCCACAGCCACCAACCGACUCAUCACAGCCUCCCACAAUACACAGUUAAUCUAGACAGUCAUAAUCCUACACAGUUCACAGCUAGUCAGUCAACCAGUCAUGGCCUCCCACAGUUCACGGGCAGUCAGUCAGCCAGUCACAGCCUUCUGCAGUCCACAGGCAGCGUACUCAAUCAUAACCCUACACAUUUCUCAGUCAUUCCAGACAGUCACAGCUCCCCACAGUUCACAGUUGGUCAGUCAGCUAGUCACAGCCUCCCACAGUCCACAGUCAGUCUAGCCAGUCACACCCUACCACACUCCACAGCCAGUCAGUCAACCAGUCAAAGUCAUGCACAUUCCACAGUCAGUCAGUCAGCCAGUCACAACUUCCCACAGUUUACCCAUAGUCAGUCAUCCGGUCACAGCCUCCCACAGUUCACAGUCACACAGCGGUCACACAUCCCAACACUUUUCAGAGAGGAUGUUCUUUCACUCCUUCCUCGCAAGACACGGAUCCCUGAAGGACCUCUCCGCCCAGAAACAGGAAGGAAACCCACACGACCUUACGGAACACCAGAAGACACAAAUCAACAUGCAAACCAACAAGCAAACCAGCCAAAUUUGCAUCCACCGAAGAGUCUUGCUUACAGUUCCCAAGAGUCAAACUUCAUAACUGGUCCACCUGCGCCGAAAGAGGAUGAACGCGUGGAGUACGAUGAGGUAUACUCCGCCACAAUCUUCCCGCCUAAUAUUCCACAGCUUGGGGAUGUGUACGAGGCUGCCAAGGGGAGGGUUGUGGUGAAGGUUGUGAAAGAGUCCAGUGAUCGGCCUUCCUUGCCAGAUCCGUUGCAAAGAAGUGUGGUCUUUGAAGGUACACCUCUACAUGUCCCAAAGGUCUCGUCUCACCUGCAGUCCUUGAUCCACAAAAAUACUCCUCCAGAAAGUACUCAAGGUCUACACAUCUCGUCUUUCCCACAAUCCUCAGUUGAUGAAAGUACUCAGCAUGCACCACACGUAACCCCUUCCUUCCCACCACGCCCAUUCCAGAAGGGUACUCUUGUCUCAAAACUCCAAGACAAUUCUAAAGCUUCUCUCUCCAAACAGUCAGGGAGACAGCACACUUCACUUCAGAAUGCCAAGGAAGACUUACCAAGCGUCUCAUCAUUUGGGCAAGCCACAAUACUCCCCAGCCCAAAGGAUCUCAACCCACAGUACCUCUCGCAACUUCCCCAUCACUCUAAUGACCACCCCACGCAAGCCAAGCCACGAAACCCAUCAAAAGAAGACAACGAGGCAGUUCCACAUCAAAUUCACGUCUGGAAGCCAAGUAAGGAGCCUUUUGCAGCUUCACAGCCCCCACAGCACACCUCUCCAGCUCCUGAUCCUUCACUUAACCUUAUUAUACCAAAGCCACAACCUGGAGAUACAUUCCCCGCGAGUUCUCAGCCACUUCAAGGACCCAGUAACCAGCUCACACACCAUUUCAAGAUAAUACACGUGACAGGGUUGCCUUCAGAAUAUGUCUCUGUGGCUCCAUCUGAUCAAAAGGACACAUUUAAUUCACCCAAUCUGCAUCCUGGUGUACGUGAGUCUCUCGAAGCUUCUGAUAGCGAUUUCCGAAACUUGCAUGAUUCUUUUAGAGUGAUUCUGAAACGGUCCGCUGAUGCUAGUGACCCUCGUGAUGUUAUUUCCAAUCCCACCCGUGUCAUUGUUGAUGCUGGUGACCUCCCCGCCUCUGCAAAAGUGUUUUCCAGUACCCAUGUGUUUUUUCAAGGCCAGAAACAGUCUCAUGAACCUGUUGUAAUUCGCAAAGGUUCACUGCCGCACCGACAUCUCCCUACCUUUUCGAUGUAACGCAAAGGUAAACUGUACAUUCUGUAAAUACUCCUGCAUGCUUCGUUCUUGUGAUCUAAACGUCAUUAGGAUUGUAAUGUUAAUAAAUAUAAGGAAAAAGAAAAGUUUGCAAGGGUUUUUUUUCAUGAUACUUGUGAUAUAAUGACAGCAAUAUCUACUAAAAGGCGGCAGGAAUUUUUAUUUAUUUAUUUAUUUUUUUUUUUAAGGUGUUUUCGUGAUUCCAGUUAAUUGGCUGUAAUAGACGUUACACAGUUUUGAAGGAUAUUUUCACGAUUCUAGAGUUCGACAAGCUAUAGUGAAUGUUACUGGAGUUUUCAAGGGUGUUUUCAUUCCAGCGAUAGUUUAACAAGCUGCAGAGGAAGUUGUGGUUUUCAAGGGUGUUUUCAUUCCAGCGAUAGUUUAACAAGCUGUAGUGGAAAUUGUGGUUUUCAAGGGUGUUUUCAUGAUGCCAGCGAUAGUUUAACAAGCUGUAGUGGAAAUUGGGUUUUUCAAGGGUGUUUUCAUGAUUCCAGUGAUAGUUUAACAAGCUGCAGUGGAAAUUGGGUUUUUCAAGGGUGUAUGCAUGAUGCCAGCGAUAGUUUAACAAGCUGUAGUGGUAAUUGUGGUUUUCAAGGGUGUCUUCAUGAUGCCAGCGAUAGUUUAACAAGCUGCU